AAUAAGAUGACCAGGCCCAUCGGAAUGAAACACCUACUGUUUGGGUUCCUGUUAGUUCAAAUGAGCAAAGGUCUAAUGGCUGCUGAAGAAGAAGAAGAGCAACUCCUUCCCUCGGAUGAGCAAUUUCACAUUCAUCUGGUUUACAGAACAGGUUCUCAUGAACAGGAAUACCUUAGAAGACAAAGGAGAGAUAUUCCAGCGGAAAAUUAUAUGUCUGUCCUACAAAUAAGUUUCUCUAAUGCCUCACUUGGAGAUUCCUUACAAAACAAGCUGAAUGACCCCAAUCUGCUCAAAGAGGUGCUUUCUUCAAUAGUAACGAUCACGGAAAUACAAGUUACUCAGAAUUUAUCAGACAUCACAGUGAUCCCAGCAAAACCAUUAAUAGGAGACACGGUGAUGAUUAAUUGUCAGUUCAGUAAUCUGACAAAUGUUUCAUGGCUCUAUAACUCUAUACAACUUGAAGAGGGAAUGAAAUAUAUGAUCUCCUACAAUACAUCAUCACUGCUGUCCACCCUGACUAUAAAGAACGUCACCGCAAAUGAUACAGGUAAUUACACUUGUACCGGCCCAGACAACCCAACCACCUCUCUGCAAAUCAACCCUGUAUUAAUUAACUCAAGCAGCAAUAUUCCUGUUGUCUGUGAUGGAACAGCGACCGAUUUAACUUGCUGCAGCGAGGACCUUGCUCUCUUUAAUGUCACCUGGACUCAAGCAGGGCCAAUACAAAUUGAUGGGAUGCAAAGUAAGGAUUCUGCUUGUUCCAUAUACACUAUUCAAGCUAAUCCUUCUCAGUGCCCCUCUGAAAAAUCAGGAAGUAACACCAAUUACACAUGUACCUUCCAAGGUAUAUAUGGUGCCACCGGCUAUAAGGUCAUACAAGUCACCUAUCUGAAGCCAGCCAUCGUUACCAUUACAGGUAAAGAUUCUGUUUCUGUCCAGUCUUCUCUGAGUCUGAUGUGCCAAAGUGAUGUACCCAACAUUGGCAGAGUAACCUGGAGCAUAAAUGGUUAUGCAAUAGCGGACAAUAAAUAUAACAUCAGCAAUACUGGCUCCACUCUCACAGUGAUGCCCGUGACCAUGGACUGGGCUGGCAUCUACGUCUGCACUUUGUAUCCGCAGAACUUACCCAGCGUGAGCAGUUACACAGUCAAAGUCCUGCCAUUGCCCAUCCAACAAGCAAUCCAAGUUGAUCCUGUUUAUACCUAUCAGAUAUGCAACAAAAAACAAAUACUUAAUUGCUGUAUCCCACUUGACAGUUCCUCUGACUAUUUUGUAAAGUUUGUGGCACCUGGAACUCAACUAGAGGGAAACAGACAAAUACAUGGACAACUGAUGUGUUUCUCAGCAGAAUACUCGAACCAGUCGCCAGACUGCAAUGAAAUUGUCGUCUUCAAUUGUGUGAUUUCCAACAACAUUGACAGUGUGAGAAGCCCUGACAUGCAGAUAAACUAUUGGACUGGAACUGAUAUUUCAAAGUGCAGCUUUAACUCUUUAGAGUCAUUUCUUCCCGAGACUCCCAGUGGUGGGAAACUUCUCAUUCCGUGUCAGAAUAAAGAUCCCACACUAACAGGGAAUAUAACCUACUCUUGCAAUAAUGGAAAGUGGACGAGCCAAGAAAACUGUACUUCUGUUGUUGUCUUCAAUCAGUUCCUGGAAGUUCAGAACUUGGCAAAUGCACCAAAACCUGAGAAGCUGAUGCCUGCGUUCAUUGAAAGCCUUUCCAAUAAUUCUGUAACUAACAAAGAAACCAUUUCAAGCUCAGCAAGCAACAUCAACAUGAUUGUGGACAUACUGACUGUUGUUUCAGAUAACAGUAAAAAUGUGCAGCCAGAAACCAUGGACAAAUUUAUCACUACAGUAAAUACCAUUGUGGACAAUACACAAGCUUGGACAACUAUAAAGAACAAGAGCUCAGAACUUCUCCAGUCGGUUGAAAAUUUUGGAGCAAAACUUACAAAUGUGACCAGUUUUACAAGCAACGAAGCAAACACUAACAUUCAGUUGAGAGGGCAAACGUUAAAUGCAAGUGAGAGCUACAAUGAGACAUUCCAGCUGUCCGGAUUAAGUGGAGGAGUGUUGUUAGGAGAAGGUUUCCUGAGUGGGAACUCCUGCACUGUUGUCAGCGUCGCUUAUUCUACUCUGAAAGAUAUUCUGCCUUCUGCCUUUAACAAGACAAUCAAUGGCCUCGUUAUCUCAACGAAAGUGAUUCCAGAAACCAAAAACUCUGAUCGUUUUAAUGUAUCAUUGACCUUUAGUAAGAGCAACACUUCCCUGGCUGACCCUGAUUGUGUCUUCUGGGAUUUCAGUAUAAAUAGUUGGAAUAAGGAAAACUGCUCUGCGUCAGUCAUUGGGAACACUACAGUCUGCAGCUGUAAUCACCUGACUUCCUUCGCUGUGCUUAUGGGUGCACAUGAUGCUACAAAUCUAAUGAAAAACACAACAGGUCCGAUACAACCAUCAUCUAACACAACAGAUCCAGUACAAGCAGUCUUAGAUAUGAUUACUUACAUUGGCUUGGGGACGUCUCUCGCCUGCCUGUUUAUCACUCUGGUCAUUGAAGCCAUUGUCUGGAGGUCGGUGAUUAAGAACAAGACCUCGUACCUCCGCCACGUGUGCCUGGUGAAUAUUGCCGGGUCACUACUGGUGGGUGACAUCUUUUUUAUCAUUGGAGCAUCUUUGGAGAAGACUCCAGACUCCCCGGCCUGUACUGCUGUUGCGUUCCUCAGCUUCUACUUCUACUUGGCGCUCUUCUUUUGGAUGCUAACCACCGGGCUCAUCCUCUUUUACCGUCUGGUUUACAUUUUGCAUGACAUGAGUAGGAAGAUUAUGAUGAUCAUAGCAUUCUCUGUGGGAUAUGGAUGCCCUGCUCUUAUAGCCAUUAUCACAGUGGCUUCUACAGCACUGAAACAAGGAUUUACCAGUGGAAAAUAUUGCUGGCUUGACUAUGAUACAACAAAGAGCUUUCUUGCUUUUGUCGUGCCUGUUCUCGCCAUCAUGUUUGUCAAUUCCAUCAUUUUGUGUGUGGUUAUAUACAAGUUACUAAGACCUACCAUUGGUGAAAGGCAAAGCAAAGAUGAAAAGAAAACAUUGAUACAGAUUAGUAAAAGUUUUGCUGUCCUUAUUCCUCUUCUGGGCCUCACUUGGGUUUUUGGCCUGUUAGUUGUGACUGAUCCUAAAAAUAGGGCGUUCCAGGUGAUAUUUGCUAUCUUCAACUCAUUUCAGGGAUUAUUCAUUUUGAUUUCUACUGUGCUGUUGGACCAAAAGGUAAGGCUCGCUAUGAGAAACACAUUAUCCUGGACGACACAGAAGACAAAGUCGACAUCGACUCUGACUUCCACUAGCCACUCACAGGAUUCACAUCUGAAAUUCCCAAAGAGAAAGAGAUUCAGAAGACAUCUGUUUCCUGCCAAAGGUUUCUUCGACCUUCACAAAUCACAGGUUUCCUCCCAUGACUUAUCAACGGGAUCCUAUAAUGUGCUCACCUGAGAUGGAAGCCAUCUUGUGCAUUGCUUUAUGUUUUUUUGGGGGGUUAAUAAACCCAGAUUCUGCUAUAGACCUUUGAGGGGCCAAAUGUAUUGCCCCCUUCUGGGAUUUGGCUGAAUCCUAAAAUAGUGAAUUUGGUUGUACAGGUGUAGGAUCGCUUAUCCGGAAACCCGAUA